UUUCCUCUCUCUCCCUUCCCUCUUUCUCUCUCCCUUCCCCAUCUGCCCUUUCUGUCUGUGACAAUCAAGCCAAACUCAACUGGACAACCGCUGUCUCGCGAUCACAAGUUCAUAACUUUAUUCACAGAAGCUCCUCAAUUUCCUUGUUUACCAACUUACCCACUUGGAGUCUUUAAUUCUGUUUCCUUCUGGUGGGGAGAAUGGAGCACGGCGGCUAGAAUAUGAGCUCUAGCUCGAUUAGUUCAGCGUUGAGUUUUGGUUUCUGAUUCAAUCCCCAGCUCGGUUUCCCCUCAUUUUGUAGUACAACAGGCAAGGAAGGAGAGAUCUUUUUGUUUUCUAUUUCUGGUUUUCAGAAUGGGAAUAUGUUACUCAUCAACGGGGAAAGAGGAAAGGGGAGCUGAGAAUGGCGAAGGGGAGGGAGUUGGGAGCCGGUUGAGGAAGAAGAGCAGAGAUAAGAAAUCUGGCGGCGGCGGGGAUCAGGAAAGUGUGCUGAAUCACAUUCCUGGCAGGAUUGCUGGAAAUGGUUCUAGUAAAAUCGCCUGCUUGCAUACCCAGCAAGGGAAGAAAGGGACCAAUCAGGAUGCCAUGGUUGUUUGGGAGAAUUUUGGAUCCAGAAACGAUGCAGUCUUUUGUGGGGUAUUUGAUGGUCAUGGUCCUUAUGGCCAUAUGGUUGCCAGAAAAGUUCGAGAUUCACUUCCUCUCUUAUUGAGUAAUCAGUGGAAAGCUGGUGUCAGUGGGGAAAAGAAUGGCCUCCAAAAGUCUGAGAAUGCUCCAGGGACUACUACGAAUUCAGAGGAGACUGGUUCAGUAUGUGGUGAUGAUGAAUCAUAUGACGCGAUGGAGGUUGAGGAAAGUGACAAAGUCCCUGAGAUGUAUCUGCCGUUGAAAAAAUCGAUGUUGAAAUCCUUCAAGUUGAUGGAUAAGGAGCUGAAGCUGCAUCCUACCAUCGAUUGCUUUUGCAGUGGGUCAACUGCUGUGACUUUGAUAAAGCUGGGUGAGGAUCUCAUUAUUGGAAAUGUUGGUGAUUCUAGAGCGGUGAUGGCAACCAGAGAUGAAGAUAAUUCCUUACUUGCUGUUCAAUUGACUGUUGAUUUGAAGCCUGAUCUGCCAAGAGAAGCUGCCAGGAUCCAUCAAUGUAAAGGAAGGGUCUUUGCAUUGCAGGACGAGCCAGAAGUUGCACGUGUGUGGUUGCCCAAUAAUGAUUCCCCAGGUCUGGCUAUGGCCCGAGCUUUUGGUGACUUCUGCCUCAAGGAUUUUGGUUUGAUCUCUGUACCUGAUCUUUACUACCGUCGUCUCACACUGACGGACGAAUUCAUCAUUCUCGCCACUGAUGGGGUUUGGGAUGUUCUUUCCAAUAUGGAAGCUGUGGAUAUUGUUGCUUCAGCACCUGGUCGCGCAACUGCAGCUCGGGCCCUGAUAGAUUGUGCUGUUCGAGCUUGGAGGCUAAAAUACCCCACUUCCAAAAACGAUGACUGUGCUGUCGUGUGCCUCUUUCUGGAUCAUCCACCUGCAGAAAAUGGUAUGGAAAAAGACAUUGUGCCCACCAAUGAAUCGAACAAGACAUUGGCUCAAACAAGCAGUGUCUCAAUGGGCACAGAAAUGCAAGACGACAGUUCCAUUGAUCACGUCCUCAUGCAUUCAGGAACCAUAAGGCCCUGUGAAGAGAUUGUGCCGGUGUUUGAGCCUGCAGAGGCGAAAAUGACUGCACAGAGCCAGUCGAAGAGGAGCUUGGCGGAGUGCAUUUCGAGCACUGAGGAGGACGAGUGGUCAGCAUUGGAAGGGAUCGCUAGGGUCAAUAGUCUUCUAAGCAUUCCUAGGUUCUUAUCUGGAGAUAGAAGAUCAGCCAGUUGGAGGAAAUGGUUAUGACAGCGCACACUGAGUAUCGGGAAAGCUGGAGUUUUUGAUUCCUUAGACGUAUACAUCAUCUUGCUACUGAUACAGGUGAUAUUACCAACCCGGUUAGAAGAUGUUUGCCUCGCUGAAAUCAAUUUGGUGUCCUUGUUUUGCCAUUAUUCCUCUUGUAUUCAAUUUAUUGGUUUUUUUGUAUUUCUUGUGAAGUACAGCCAUGUAUCUUUUGAUGUGAUUGAGAGCGGAUGAGUUCUUGGAAGCAUAAGGUGGAACUGUGAAAACAUUGUGAAACAUGCUAGUUAUUGUAACUUGUACAGUAUGUUAUAUUAGUUGUACUUGUAAUUGACAGAGAGAGGUCUUCCUUUUUCACUGGAGAGCAGUUAGAGAACAAAUUUAUUUCCUUAAAUUUUAGGAUAAGGUCAUUGGUGUGCUGUAUGAGCUCUGGCCCAAGAGAAUAAGAGCAAUUACACUCGAACAGGAAUACUAGGUAGCUACUAAGACUUAUGAAGAGCAAGCUAGGUCGAUGAACC